GCGGCCGUGCGUGCCUCGAUCUGUCUGCGCCUGGCCUCGGGGGAAGAGAGAAACCAUGGCGCCUAACGAAGAGGAGAGCGGCGCCGGUAACGGGUCUGUGGAAGAGAAGGAGAAUGUCAAGAAGAUGCUUCGGCCUCGCAGCUCGGUGACCACAGCCUGGCUGAUCUUCUACAACAUCACCAUGACGGCCGGGUGGCUUGUACUGGCUAUUGCCAUGGCCCGAUUCUAUAUGGACAAAGGAACAUACAAAGGCUUAUAUAAAAGCAUUCAAAAGACACUUAAAUUUUUUCAGACUUUUGCUUUGCUUGAGAUAAUCCACUGUGCGGUUGGAGUAGUGCACACAUCUGUGCUUGUGACGGGGGUCCAAUUGAGUUCCAGAAUCUUCAUGGUGUGGUUUGUUACACAUAGUAUAAAACAGAUCCAGAAUGAGGAGAGUGUUAUUCUUUUUCUGGUUGUUUGGACUGUGACUGAGAUUACUCGAUAUUCCUUCUACACAUUCAAUAUGCUCAACCAUUUGCCAUACUUCAUAAAAUGGGCCAGGUACAAUUUUUUCAUCAUCCUAUAUCCAGUAGGAGUUGUUGGUGAGCUUCUAACAAUAUAUGCAGCAUUACCCUUUGUGAAGAGAUCAGGCAUGUUUUCAGUGAGACUUCCCAACAAAUAUAAUGUGUCUUUUGACUACUACUAUUUUCUGCUCAUCAUCAUGGCCUCUUAUAUACCAUUGUUUCCACAACUGUACUUUCACAUGCUACGUCAAAGAAGGAAAGUGCUUCAUGGAGAAGUGAUUGUAGAAAAGGACGAUUAAAACAAACUUUGUAAUCAUGGUGCUUUUUCAGAGUAACAAUCAAAUCCUUCAUGUUACCAAGUUUGAUCUGGAAAUUAUGGGACAAAAUAAAAUCAACACAGAUCAUGAUAUUUUGUAGCAUGCAUAUUCCCAAGGGCUUAUAUGAAAUUUUAGUCUUAUUUUUCAAGCUGUUUUAUAUGCUUUUGGUCACACAUCUCAGCAAAAGUUGGGAAAGAUUGGAAUUUGUUAUUCAGAAAUUCCCAUUCAUCAUUUUAAAUCAUAAUUAAUUAUUUAAUUGAGAUUAUUGCACUAGCCUAUUUGGCUAACCUUUACUUAGGAAAUGCUCACAAAAUCUUUUUACCUGUCCUUGAAGGUAAAGGCAGCUUUGAGUCAAUUAGUAGUGACAACCUGGAACAAAACUGUGUAGUUUUUGUGACAAUACUAUGGAAACAGCAUACCAUUGCCUUUUUUUAGAUGUUUUUAUCUUCCAUGGCUGGGCUACAACCUUGCUGUUUUCCUUUGUGAUUAACAUCCACAUGCUAACCAGGUGUAAGCUUAGUUAGCUUUAGAACCUGGCCAAAUAAUGCCAUCUCCUAAGGAGCAUUUGAAAGUAGUUGGAAGAGGCAUGUGACCACCUCUUUCUAUGUUAUAAGAUAAUGCUUAAGGGCCCAGAGUAAUGAAAACAGUUUUCUUUGUUAACAACACUGCAUUUAUAAAUUUUGAUUUCAGGCUUAGAGUUUUUAACCAAUCUUAAACUUAACAUUCAUUAGAAUUAUUUGCAUUGAAUAUGAAUAAUUUUUAAAAGCAUCACCAUGAAAUAACUACAAUAAUGUAAAUGAAUAUUAAAAAUAGAAAAUAAAAUAAAUAGAAAUAGAUAAUAGAAAUUAGUCUUAAAUAUAGAAUAAUUCAUAACUGGAAGCAGCUAACAAGCAGAUAAAUGCAAUAUCUCUACAAAGCCAAACCUGCUAAAAUCCAGAAUAAUUUUUAAAAGGAACAUUUAAGUAUACAAAUAAAUUUUAAAUAACUGUCAAAAAAGCAUUUUUGUAUUAAAAAAAUAUGUAUACAAAAUGUAUGAAAACAUUUUUACCCACUAGUUAUGGGAUGAAAAACCAUGAUAAACACAGUCAAUUUUUGGUGUAGCAUGGUGAUGUUUAAUGGUUCUUAAUUUUUUUAACUCUUCUGGUUAAACAGCAGAGCAGAGGUUAAAGUUGCAGAGUGGGAUUCAAAGAAGCAGACAAAGGCUGGGUAAAACUUUAGUUUCAAUUCCAGAAAAGUAACCUUGGAGCACAUGGGAGUGCGACUGCCACAAUUGUCUGCAACUCUUUUAAAGCAGCUAUAUCUUUCCCAAGAUCUUGUUGCCGAUAAGACCACAUCUAGUCCCAUGCUAGGACCAGAUGUGCAUUUUAAAGAGUUGCAAGCAAGUUCCCAUUUCCAUAUGUCCCAGAAUUUACUUUUCACAGUUAUUUCCGAAAUGAAACAGCGCUGUAACAAUUAGUUCCAGGUGUUCAUGUAAGGAAAAAAAACUUUAUUUGGUCAAAUAGAUUAAAAAUCUGCUGAUGGGAAAUAAAAACCUAACAUUUCCUCCAAAGUAAUGCCAUGUACGUAGGCUAUUUAAUUCUUUGAAUUCUUGUCAUUAUAGUUUGAAUAAAGUAAUAAGUUUGAAAAAUGAGUAACGCUUAUAAUUUUAGAUCAAUCUGAAAUCUGAUUCCAGAGACAUUCAAAGCCAAAGUAAGCAAUUUUUUGGCAAUUUUUCCAGUAGUGAACAAUUAUAAAGAGGGGAUAGUAAGAGAAUGACAAUAUAAGAGAAAGUGUAGCUGUUAAUAUUUUGCCUAUUCAUUUUUGUGGGAAUGGGUGCUAAGAAUUCCUAAUCAGAACCAUAACCUUUCUAUUUUAGGAACAAAUUGCUUUUCAGGGUCCCUUUGGAUUUUAGAAGUGUGAUCUGCAGAGCUCUAUGGGAUAUAAAAAAGGGGGGAAGGGACGUUUCCAUUUGGGGCUCAUGGGAUUAGGGACCUCUGCUAUACAGUAUUUCGGCUAUAGAACCUAUGGGGCAGCUUCUUGCUAAAUCUAAGUGAUGGUCUUAAUUUUUUGAGUCAAAUCCUUAUGUAAUUUUAAGGAAAAGUGCAUUAAAACUACAUUUAAAAAACUCGUUUCCACUGUUCAGAUACUGUAUUUAAUUGAAAUUUGUUUCUACAAUAACAUGAUGAAAGGUGCUCUGUUUAUCUCAUGUUGUAGAAAGCUUUAAGAUAAAGUACCAUGAAAAGCCUUCAGCUAUACUUGUAUGUAAAGAUUUCAAGAGGAAUCAUUUGUAUCUUUGCAAUAAUUACUUGUGUCUUCUUUUAACCAUUUCAUCUGUCACACAAAAUAUCAUGGCAGCUGUUUGAAACAGGUUUCUGAAUUAGUACAGAGAAGAGCAAUAUGGAAAAAAAUGUUUGUUAAUGACUGAUGUCUUUAUUUUCUUCAAUGUUUUAACACAAAUUACAUAUAUCUUCUUCAUGCUGUUAAUUUUUUCUGGUCUAACUUGGAAUUGCUCUAGGUGUUUUUUGGAUAUAAAUAUUUGGUUCUAAUAUAUGCUUUCAUUAAACUGGA